CUAAGGGCAACGGCACGUCUCUUUAACAGAAAAUGUUAAAGUAGUCUGUUAUGAUGGAUAAUGCUUCAGUGAUCACCAUGUUCACUCUUUCUGGGUUAAGUGGGACAGUCAGCCACAGAGUUACUCUCUUUGUGCUCACUUUGCUGUGUUACGGGGUGAUCUGGCUGGUGAAUUUGAUAAUUGUUGUGACAAUCAUCAUGGAUAAAAACCUCCAUGAACCAAUGUACAUAUUUCUCUGUAAUCUGUGCAUCAAUGGACUCUACGGGACAGCAGGAUUUUAUCCAAAAUUCCUCCACGAUCUCUUGUCGACAACGCAUUUAAUCUCUGUUCCUGGAUGUUUCCUGCAGGGUUUUGUGCUGCACUCUUCAGCCUGUGCUGACUUAUCUUUGCUUGCUCUAAUGGCUUAUGACAGAUACGUGGCUAUAUGUCGACCUUUGGUGUACCACUCUAUGAUGACUAAAAAAAAGAUUAUCCUUUAUGUAUUUUUUGCUUGGAUUAUUCCUUUUUACCUUAUGUUUAUUAGCACGGGGACAACAUUGACAUCAAGGUUAUGUGGCUCCCACAUACCAAAGAUCUAUUGUGUCAACUGGUUAAUUUCUAAGCUUGCUUGCUCUGCCUCAGUAGCUCAGGUUGUUGUUCCAGCUUUUAAUUACACUUUUUAUUUUGGCCAUGCAGUUUUCAUUGUUUGGUCUUAUGUUUUUCUGGUCAGAACCUGUCAAACGUCCAAAGAGAACAAACAUAAAUUCAUGCAGACGUGUUUGCCACAUUUACUCACUUUGAUAGUCGUUGUUGGAUCAUUGUGUUUUGAUUUGUUGUACAUGCGAUUUGGCUCUAAGGAGUUGUCGGAAAAUGUGCAGAAUUUCAUGGCGAUGGAGUUUCUCCUCAUUCCACCGAUUAUCAACCCCCUGAUCUAUGGUUUGCGACUGACACAGUUAAGAAAAAGAGUCUCACAUUAUAUAUGCAGCAGAAGUUCAGUUUUUAGGUAAAAGGGAUGAACAAGUGCAGCAAAUCUGUGGUUUUCAUAACUGGCAUCUUAUUUAAUAUGCUGUCAUCUGUGUUUGAACAUAUUUUACAUUCGUAAAAUGCAAUCUAAUUUGUUUUAUUUUUUUUUAUUAUAUCAUACAGUUAUCUAAAGCAUCUACUGUAUUUCCAAAUUGUCACUCUGCAUUAAUUUGGGCUUUCCGGUCUCUCUGUCCAGCAAAUCUGGGAUGUGUUAUCUGUUACAACUAGCAUUUAACAUACUGGAAACUAUUUGUUGCAAUAAAAAAGCAAUGUGCAAUCAUUUCACUUAAUUUGUAAGUUUUUUUCUGUUAUAAUGUGGCAUAUUGUCUAAAAACAGUGCUGUCA